AUUAUUUAUAAUCGGAGGAAAAAAAUAGGGUAUAAAAAGCCUCUGAUAUAAUAAUAUUUUAUAUUAAUUUCAUCCUCUGUGUGUGGGGGGAAAGGGAAUUAAACAACAACAAUGCCUUCCCUUGUUUGGUUGUUGCUUUUGGCCCACGCCACCCUGGCGUUGAGCACCGACGAGAAUCUCUCCGACGCAUACAAAAGCAUAUUCAUACUCGCCGGACAAAGCAACAUGGCCGGACGAGCGGGCGUUAUAGCCGGCAAACUUGGCGGGGAUGUGCCGCCUGCAUGCACACCCAGUCCCUUCAUCCUACGCCUGAACCCUAACCUCACGUGGGAAGAGGCACGUGACCCUCUCCACGAGGGUAUUGAUGUCCAUAAACCUUGUGGAAUCGGGCCCGGGAUGCCGUUUGCUAAUUCGGUUCUGGAGAGGGACUCGAGCAUUGGGGUCAUCGGUUUGGUCCCGUGUGCCAUCGGGGCAACCAACUUAACCUCGUGGAGCCGCGGCCAUGUCAACUACAAUCGGAUGCUCAUGCGAGCGCAGGCGGCGUUGAGCGAUGGAAGAGGGGUAAUUCGGGCUAUUUUGUGGUUCCAAGGGGAGGGUGACGCGGUGUUCGAACAGGAUGCUAUGUGUUACAAGGAGAAAUUGAAGACUUUCUUCAACGACAUCCGAUCGGAUUUGCAGAUGCCCGAGCUACCUAUAAUCCAGGUGGCUUUGCCAACAAGAAACGCAGGAAAUUAUACAGAUGAAAUAAGAGAAGCUCAGCUGGGAUUAGAGCUUCCAAAUCUGAAAUGCGUUGAUGCAUGGGGAUUGCCGGUGAUCAAAGGCGACGCGGUGCAUCUUAACACCGACAGUCAAAUCCAGGUUGGCCACAUGUUGGCCGACGCCUUCCUCCAGCUUACGACGGCAUCGCCUCCACCUCCUCCGUCGGCAGAAAGUUGUGCAUGAUUACAUAUUUAUGUAUCUUGUUCAAUUAAUAUAAAUUUACUAAAUUUGGUUAUUACUCAAUCAAAUUAAUUCUAUG